GGGUGUUUAGGUUAGAACCAAAACCGAACCGAUUAUUUUGGAUCGGUUCUCCUUUUUCUUUUUCUUUUUCUUUUUUGACAAUCAAAGAUCGAUUCCUCAAAGAUCGGUUCUCCUUUUUCUAGUUUCUGGGUAUUUCGUGAAGCUUCUCUCGGAUAAAUCAAGCUUAGAACAGAGAGAGAGAUCCGAUUUCUUUUUCUUUUUCGACAAUCAAAGAUCGAUUCCUCAAAGAUCGGUUCUCUUUUUUCUAGUUUCUCCUUCUAGGGUAUUUCGUGAAGCUUCUCUCGGAUAAAUCAAGUUUCAAGAAGAGAGAGAGAUCCGAUUUCUUUUUCUUUUUUGACAAUCAAAUUCUUUUUCUUCUUUGACAAUCAAAGAUCGAUUCCUCAAAGAUCGGUUCUCUUUUUUCUAGUUUCUCCUUCUAAGGUAUUUGGUGAGCUUCUCUCGGAUAAAUCAAGCUUCAAGAGAGAGAGAGAGAAUGGAGGAUCAGGAUCUGUUGGUGAUGGGGGUGAGGGGAUUUCAGGAUAGACUCUCGAAGAUUGAACGUAGUCUUAUAACUGCAACAAAAAGUCUACACAAUCUGUCUGGAGAUUUUGAAUAUAUUCAAUCUUCGACUCGAGGAUUUCGUACUCUUCGUAUUGCUCUCGAAGAGCAAUUAUGGAAACUCUCACGGUCUAACCCGGAGAUUCUACGCUAUGAUUUAUGUUCGAACGAGUUAGAGAGGUCGACAAUUAACAUAGGCGAGAGUUUGGCGGGACUUUCUAGCUCCGAGAAGGAACUGAUGGUCUUGUUGGAGACUAUUAGCAAGGAAACUUCCGCGGUCUAUAGCGAUUUGGAGGACAAUGAUGAACUCAUUAGAGGCAAAAAUCUUGAUCAGAGGUUGAAAGCACAUCUAAAUGGUGUUAACAAAACUAUGAAUCGUGUGUCUGCCUCUUUAGAGGAUCAUAAGAAAAAAUUUGAUAUGCUUUGUAAAGAUAUUCAAACUUCAUCAGACGCAUUCAGCCCCUACCAAGAUGCUCUAUCUACCUCGCUGGUGUUUACCAUUUCCAAGCAAAUUCAUUUUCCUCUUUUAAAAAGAUUUCUGGGGAGUGAUGAGGAAAAAGCAAUGGGGAGCCUGACAGAUGCAGAGCUGCGCAUUGUUGAUGGGAUUCUCAAAUAUAUUCCAGUCUUGCAACUGAGACGCCUCAUGAAUACUAAUCCUCAUUCUGAUAUCACCAUCAUCAAGUGCUGGGACAGAGUUCUAUUUUCUUACUGGAAAGAAAAUAAGGAUCAUGUAACUGUGGAUGAAUUUGGGAACAGGUGGUCCUCAAAGAUGGGCGAUAUCAUAAACCAACUAGACCACGAGGUAUGCUGGGCAAUCGUUAUCGUUGACCUUGUUAGUGCUGUGAGACACAUCUUGAGACGCGACACCCAGAAAGUAAAAUAUUCUGCUCAAUAUCUUGUUGAUUUCACAAGAGCAAAUUCACGUUCACGUUCUAGUUCUAAAAAGAACAAACCCGGCCAUUCUUGUUACGCUUGUCCUGUUCUUGAGGGGUUGAAGUAUGUCCAAGAAAACGGAAUCGAAACGGAAGCAGCACGUCCCUUUGAUAAUGCUUUUUGCAAAAAAGGUUUUGAGCGAAGGAGUUCCUUGAACCUAGCGUACAUCAAAGAUGUGGUGAAAUUGUCGAGCAUUGAAGAAACAAUUAAAGCAUUGGAUAGGCAUCCUGUUGCAGCUACCAUACCUAUCUUCGAGCCAGAGUACUCAAUGAUUGGAGAGAAUAUUUACCGGGGCCGUACUUCUACCAUUUCAAGAUAUAGUACUACUCAUGCCAUAAAUAUUACGGGUGUGGGAAAAGAUAAGAAGACUGGUGAGAAAUUUGUUUGGGCGAAAUCAAGCCACGGUUUGAAAUUUGGUGUUGCUGGAUACAUGAAGGUGUCAAUAGAGAUGAUGAUGAUGUGCCUUACGACCGGUAAGUAUGGGGAGUUUGUUGACAACCCAUUUCGGUCUCUGUUCGAAUUUGUGUACCCAACCCUUCUCUCCGAGGAAGAUGAAGAAAAACGCAAGAGACAAGAGGAUGUCACUUCGAAUGCUUGAUUCCAAACUGGUGGAACAGACUGAUGUAGGGAGACUAAUCGUUUAAGACUUUCAAAAUUCUUGUUUAAUUUCUUAUUUUCCUUUGUGGGGUUUUUAGGUGUUUGCCCUCUUUGCAAAAGAAAACCCAUACAAUCCGAUCCUACCCUUUUUGUGGUUGUUCUGAAACAAACUUGUGAGAGCAAACAGCUUAUACUUGCUUUCUUCUAGAGUUAAUUGAUCAAGCUUCUGUU